ACUGAAAGCUCACUUCUAGAACCCAACUCUCCCGCUGGUCCAAAUCGACCCAGAUCCGACCCAUUUCCUCAAGCUAGACCUGAGCCGGGUCUCGGCACUACCCAGAUGAUGAUCCUCACAGAAUGAAGAGGUUCAGUAAAACCCUGAACGGUGAUGAUCCAUCAAACAACUCGGAUUCGGGUACCCGUAAUGCUCUGAAAGACCCGGAUAGGAACGCCGGGUUGAGCCCAAUGAGGGUGAUGGGGAUCUUUAUAGCUUGCUUGAUUCUGUUUUCGGUGUUGUUCUCAGUCAGUGUGGUUCUCAGAGACCCACCUUCUAAUGCUGCUGUUCAUGAAGCUUUAAAGGCUGGAGUUCUUGAAGUUGAACCCAGAAAAAGUUUGGACGAUCAAAUUUCUGAUCAUGUAGAGGUACCAAAGGAUAAGAUGCUUGGCGGCCUUCUUGCUGCUGGAUUUGAUGAAGGAUCUUGUGUCAGCAGGUACCAGUCAGCUUCUUACCGUAAAGAAAUGCCACACAAACCUUCUUCUCACCUUUUAUCCAGGUUAAGAAGGUAUGAAGCUCUUCAUAAGCGUUGUGGACCUAAUACUGAAUCCUACAACAAAGCCGUAGAACAACUCAAGUCUGGUCGUCGUCUGACCUCCUCGGAUUGUAACUAUGUGGUAUGGAUUUCUUAUAGUGGAUUAGGGAAUAGAAUACUUACAUUAGCUUCAGCAUUUCUUUAUGCUCUCCUGACAAACCGGGUACUGCUAGUGGAUCCUGGAGUGGACAUGGUUGAUCUAUUCUGCGAACCAUUUCCAGAAGCCUCAUGGUUCCUCCCCAUGGAUUUCCCCCUUAAAAACCAGUUUGACAGCUUGGAUCAGAAAUCUCCACAUUGUUAUGGGGAAAUGGUGAGGAAGAGCAACCUCACAAAUAGCGAGCAGUCACUGCUGUCAUCUUUUGUGUAUCUCCAUCUAUCACAUGAUUAUAAUGAUCAAGAUAAGCUUUUCUUCUGCAAUCAAGAUCAAGAUUUUCUCGAAAAGAUACCGUGGUUGAUCGUGAGGACGGAUAACUAUUUUGUCCCAUCUCUUUUCUUGAUCCCAUCUUUUGAGCAAGAACUCAAUAGUCUCUUUCCAAGGAAAGAAACAGUGUUCCAUUUCCUGGGUCGUUACCUGUUCCAUCCCACAAAUGUGGUAUGGGGACUUAUUACUAGAUACUAUCAGGCAUAUUUAGCUAAUGCAGAUGAAAGAAUAGGCAUCCAGAUCAGAGUCUUUGAUACUGGGACUGGUCCAUUUCAACAUGUGUUUGAUCAGAUCAUAUCCUGUGCAUUGAAGGAGAAUCUGUUACCAGAAACUAACAGGCAGGACCUCAUAGUCCGUCCAUCAGGAGCUGCUAAGUCUAAAGCUGUGCUAAUGACUUCUUUAAGCUCUGGAUACUUUGAGAAGCUGAGGGACAUGUAUUGGGAGCAUCCUACUGUGACUGGAGAGGUAAUUGGCAUUUACCAGCCUAGUCAUGAGGAGUAUCAACAAACUGAGAAGCAUACGCACAACCGAAAGGCAUUGGCUGAAAUGUAUUUGCUAAGCUUAACGGAUGUGUUGAUCACAAGCUCAUGGUCGACUUUUGGUUAUGUGGCACAGAGUCUAGGUGGGCUGACGCCAUGGAUACUCUACAAACCGGAAAACAGGACAGCCCCUGAUCCUGCUUGUAAGCGAGCAAUGUCAAUGGAGCCGUGCUUUCACGCACCUCCCUUCUACGAUUGCAAGGCCAAAACAGGAGUUGACACAGGUGAACUAGUUCCUCAUGUGAGGCAUUGUGAGGAUAUGAGUUGGGGUCUUAAAUUGAUCGAUCCAUCCGAUGAGUUGUAGCUAUCAAGUCUUGUUGUUGUUACAGUAUGAUGAUAUUGUUACAGUUUGAUCAUGAAAACUAGUGCGUGCGUUUUUUAAGCCAGAGAUGUCAGAUUAGCUACUUCAUGCAGCAAGAAGUUAAAUAUUUUGUCGGGCUGACUUUAGAAGCCUUUGAAUUUUUGGGUUAUUAUACAGACUUCCUGAGAAGAAUGAAAAUAAACAAAAUAAACAAGGGUCUUUUUCAU